AUGAAUAAUACUUUCAAAUAUGUUAAUGAAGAUGUAUCAGGUACAGAAGGUGAAGAAUCAGAUUAUGAUCCAUCAGAAUUUAUAAGAGGAUAUCAUGAAUCACCAAGAUCACCAAGAUUGAUCGAUUAUGAAAUGGGACGUGGUUUAAUGGGUAAUUUCAAAGGUCUUGGAAUUAAUAAAGUUAGACAGAGCAAUGAAUAUGAUAAUGAUACUGAUUAUAGUAGUAGAAAAUCAUCAAAAAUUAUAAAUGAUGUUAUUCAUGGUCAUAUGGAAGUACCAGAUUAUAUAAUGGAUUUUAUAGAUACAGAACAAUUUCAAAGAUUAAGAGAUUUAAAACAAGUGGGUACCACAAGUUUUGUAUUCCCCUGUGCAUCACAUUCAAGAUUCGAACAUUCCAUUGGUGUUAGUCAUUUAGCAGGUAAGUAUAUAGAUAGAAUUAAAGUGACACAACCUGAAUUGGAAAUAACAGAACGCGAGCAGAAAUUUGUAAGAAUAGCAGGUUUGUGUCAUGACCUUGGUCAUGGUCCAUUCAGUCAUGCAUUUGAAUCAUGGGUUGAUCAGUUGGGUGGUAGUAAACGAUUUCAUCAUGAAGAUAUGUCAAUCAAGAUGUUGAAUUGGAUCAUUGAUGAUCAUGGUUUGGACGAGUAUGAUAGCGAUGAUAUCAAAUUCAUCAGUAGUUUAAUUCAAGGUAAACAUAGACCAAAGGAAAGAGCAUUCAUAUACGAUAUAGUUGCAAAUAAUAGAAAUAGUGUUGACGUUGAUAAAUUUGAUUACCUAUCACGUGAUUCCUACUAUUUGGGUAGAUCAACAGUUUGUGAUUUUCAACGUCUUAUGGAAUUUAGCAAAGUCAUUGAUGAUCAAAUUUGUUUCCUAAGUAAAGAGAUCUAUAACCUCUACGAACUAUUCCACACUCGUUAUAGUUUACAUAAAUUGGUUUACACUCAUAAAGUUGGCAAGUCAAUAGAAUUCAUGAUUGCCGAUGCUUUCACAGAAGCUGAUCAAUUCUUAAAGAUUUCUGAUCAAUUAGAAGAUCCAAAAGAAUUUAUAAAUUUAUCAGAUAGUUUAUUAAGACGUAUUGAAACUUCAAAAGAACCUGAAUUGGAAAAAUCAAGAAAAAUUAUUAAAAAUAUUAGAAAUAGAAAUCUUUAUAAAUUUGUUGAUGAAAUUAUUGUAUCAACAGAUAAAAUAAGAUGGUCAGCUGAUAGUUUAGCAGAAGAUAUAGCAAAGGUGGGUAAUGGUAUAUUAGAGAGUGAUAUUAUUGUACAAAAUUUGAAAUUAAAUUAUGCAUUCAAAGAUAAGGAUCCAGUUCAAUCAACUAGAUUUUAUACUCGUUAUGAUUCAACACAAAGUUUUACUAUUAAAAAAGAAGAGACUAGUCAUUUAAUUCCAAAUCAAUUCCAAGAAGAAAGAAUUAGAAUAUUUUGUAGAAGUAAAGAAAAAUGUGAACAAGUUCAAACUGCAUUUAGAAAACUUUUAAAAAAUCAUAAUUUAUCACCAAAUCCUUCUUUUACAGUUUCACCUGCACGAAAUAUUAAAAAAAUUUAA